UAUCCUAGUACGCGGCCUGGACAGACCCCCCUCCCGAUCGAUAGGCGCCUGCAGCUCGCCGGCCUGGGUCACACUGGACUGAGACCCGUACGAGACGCGACGGGAUGGGCCCUGUGUCUCUGCUCCGCGCUGCGCCUUUCAGCCAUUGUGCUUCUCUGGGAGCUGUACGAGCGCGUGCUUUGUCGGCCAUGGGGUCGCAAAAGAGGCCACGUUGGAUGGUGGUUGCACGGGGUUUUGCACAGCUCGUGCAACUCAACUCGGAGAAAUCAAUCAGCAAUGCACCCCCCAACCCCCAACCCGGGCGGAGACCUGUCGCCGAUCGACCUGCAGCUGCCGGCAUCCAUCACGCCUCAUUUCACGCCUAGCCUAGGGAAUAGACUCGUCAGGCGCUGGGUUGGGUCGGCAUGGG